UGCCUCUUCACUCCAGGCUAAGCUUUUUGCUCAGUCACACGGCUCUCGCUGGCUGCCUGGCCCCUUGCGCACGCACACACACACACACACACACACACACACACGAAAACAGCAACCCACUCCACCUCAACACCCCCCUAUCACACACACACACACACACACACACUCCCUCGCACUCUCGCUCGAUGCCGGAGAUGAAGGAGUCUGGUUUCAGUGGGGCUGCAGGCAGCCUGCACAGCCGCUGGGUUUGAGUUUCUUGUUUGGAUGCGGCGGCUGGUGGGAGAGGGAGAGGGAGAGGCACGGCGCUCAGAGCAGCACCCAGGCGGCAGCGGCGGCGGAGAUGAAGAGAAACCCGCGAUGAAGAGAAGAGGAGGACGGGCAUCAGGCUGCCGCACGGACGUGUCUGCUUGAAGUGCUUCUCCAGCUUUUUCAUUUAUUCUGUGCCAUGCGUCUGGUGAAGUAGAUGAGCCGGGCUAUUUAAGGAAGGCAAGCGGAGGGCCUGGUGCUGAAGGGUGCUCCCUCGGGGGAAACAGAGGAAGCGGAGGGAGGGAGGGAGGGAGGGAGGGAGUGGUUCCUCAGGGCUUCAGUCAUGACCGAGGCCAGGGUGCCCACAGCGAGCGCCUCCACCAUGGCGGCGCCGGCGUCCGGGGGCCCCGUGGCUCUGACGUGGGCGCGCGUGUGCAAGGAGUGCGGCCAGGUGCACGAGGGCCCCGAGGGCCACCUGUAUGACUACCAGGACGACGUGGACGACGAGCUGCAGUGCCACAUCUGCCUGCAGCCCCUGCUGCGGCCCAUGGACACGCCGUGCGGGCACACCUACUGCUACCAGUGCCUGAGCAGCUUCCUGCGCGACCAGGACUUCUGCCCCGUGGACCGCCAGCGGCUGCAGCUGCCCCAGUGCCGGCCCUCCAGCCUGCUGGUGCGCAACCUGCUGGACAAGCUGAGCGUGCUGUGCCCCUUCCAUGCAGAGUGCCAGGGCACCAUGCCGCGCUGCGAGCUCCAGCCUCACCUGCACAACAGAUGCUCUGCUUUCAGGCGGAUGCGUGAGGAGGCAGAGAGGAGGAAGAGGCCUCCUUGGAAUGAAAUUAAGGCCAGCAAAGCGGAGGCAGAGGACGGUAAAUCCACCCCUCCCCUCUCCCGCGCGUCCCCCCGGCGCCCAGCGGAGCCCGGCCUGGUCAACCCCGCCUUCGAGGAGGGAGAGGAGGAAACUCACCUGAGGUCCAGCCUGGUGGCGGAGUCCAUGGUGGUGGAGCUGUUCCGGGACGACCCCGAGGAGGAACUGGGCCUGCGGAUAGUGGGGGGGAAGGACACCCCUCUGGGCAACAUCGUCGUCCAGGAGAUUGUGCGCGAUUCUGUCGCUGCACGGAGCGGCAAACUGUCCCCAGGAGACCACAUUCUUGAGGUGAACGAUGCCAGCCUGGCGUCCGUGUGCCAUGACCGUGCCAUCGGUGUGCUGCGCCGCCCGUGCUCCCUGCUCCGGAUCACCGUCAUGCAGGAGAAAGGCUUCAAGCCACGGCUCGAGCAGCACCCUUCGUCGGGCACCAACGCCGCCAACCUGUCCCCCUCCUCCUCUUCCUCGUCCAACGCCUCGCCGCAGGCCUCCAACCACCUUCACCACCAUGCCAGUGCUGCGCACCAACACCACCCCCAGGGCACCGUCACCCAGGUGACGCUGGCCAAGCGCGAGCGCUCCGAGCCGCUGGGCAUCAAGCUCAUCCGCAAGUCGGACGAGUCGGGCGUCUUCAUCCUGGACCUGCUCACAGGCGGGCUGGCGGCCAAGGAUGGCAAGCUGCGCAACAACGACAAGGUGCUGGCCAUCAACGGGCACGACCUGCGGCACGGCACCCCGGAGACCGCUGCUCAGAUCAUACAGGCUAGUGAGGUGCGGGUCAAUUUUGUGGUGAUGAGGCACCCCGAGCCUGAGGAGGGGGGUGACGUUGUGCCCCGGGGGGCCAGACGACUCCCUGAGCAGCAGUUCUUCAGACGCCGCUCCACCUAUAUGAAGGAACCGCCCAGUGGCUUCUCCUGCCAAGAGAAGACGGUGAGCCUGAAGAAAGAGCCGCGCCAUUCCCUGGGCAUCACCAUCGCCGGCGGGAGGGACUGCCGCAGCCGCCUGCCCGUCUACAUCACCAGCGUGCAGCCCGUGGGGUGCCUGCACCGGGACGGAACCAUCAGAACAGGUGAUGUGCUGUUGAGCAUCAAUGGUGUUGACCUCACCCAGCUGACGUACAACGAGGCGGUGUCAGUGCUGAAGACACAGACAGCCCAGCCGUCGGUGGCUCUCCGCGUCAUCCGGACCGUCACGGAGGAAGAGGAGGAGGAGGAGGGAGACGCCGCCACCAAGGAGGAGCAGGAGGCCGUGGAGAGUCCGUCUGAGGACGACAUCAACUGGGCCCCGCUCUGGACCCGUUGGCUGGGCCUGCCCAGCAACAUGCACUGGUGCCGUGACAUCGUCCUGAUGAAGACCAACAGUGAGAGCUGGGGCUUCAGCAUCGUCGGGGGCUACGAGGAGAGCCGCGGCCAGCAGCCCUUCUUCAUCAAGACCAUAGUGCCUGGGACACCGGCCCACUUCGACGGGCGCCUCAAGUGCGGGGAUGAGAUUGUGGCCGUUAACGGCGCCUCCACUGUGGGGAUGAAUAACUCGUCCCUCAUCCCGAUGCUCAAGCUGCAGAAGAACAAGGUCACUCUUACCGUCGUCUCCUGGCCUGGCAGCCUGGUCUAAGAGACGCCUCUGUCUGCCUGCGUCUGUCGCCUGGACGCUGGUCUCCGUACGGUUUGUGUAUCGCCAUCAAGAACUGGAUGCAAAAUGGUCUCAAAUCUCAAGUCUCAAUCCCUGUUGUGUCCUGAAGUCUCCGUUGACCAGGACGCAGCAUGGGAGAUUGGGGUUUCGGUGGAAGUAUUUUAAUUGCUAUUGAUGUUUUAUUCAGUUUGAUCACUGGCUUGGCGUUCUACAGUUACUUGAGGCCAUUCCGUGUUAUUGGCUUGCAAAUGGCUGCCCCUGGAGACCAAUGACAGCCAAUCAGGGAAGAGAACUGACAAUCAAGAACCAGGAACUCAUUCAGUAUGAAGGAUUAUGGAAGGAAUACACAUUUAUGUUUGGGGCAAAAGUCUUUUGGCGUUUUGUCUGUUGGUUUCUGUUUGAAUGUUGGAUGGCUGUCUCAUCAGUGUCAUUUUGGUGUGAGGAAGAUGGACAGGAGGGCCGAACGGACAGACGGACGGAAGGUUUUACCACAGAGGACACUUUUAAUGUCUGUUUUUAGAGGCUUGUUGAGAUUGGUGAGAGUUGGCUGAAUGUUACACUUAAGAGUUGCCUGUUUUGUGUUGAAUCAGUAAAGCAAUGUUACUCUUGUGAUGAAGGCAUGUUUAAGGGAGAACAUGUAAUAUGCCCUCAUCCACUUUAAGUGCAUCUCUGACGCACAGAACUUCCUUUCCCUGCUCCAUAGGAGAAUUGCAGAGACACGUGGAUGUUGAGUGUGGGAUGAUUCUUCUGAUGGCAGACCAAAUUUCUGAGUGGAUAAUAAUUUUAUGCUGAUAUUCUUCUAUAAUAAGUUUUACCAAACACUAUUAAACUGUGCUAGAACAUCAUAAUGACUUUAGAUUUGCAGUAUUAAUUUGGGUUUGAUACUAUAAUUGGCUACCUAUUUGAAGUUUUGUUGGAUGCAUCGUGAUGAAUGUUGAUUUAUGUGGGUGCCUUGCAUAUGUAUAACGAAGGAUGAAUCUCGCACACCUGCCUUAAAUGCCAAUAGACCAAAAACUUGCAAUCAACAUUUUCCUUUUUCUUUUCUUUUUGCUUCUCAUGUUCUUAACCUAAUGUAUUAUUUAGAAUGAAGGUGUGGUUAAUGUGUUCACACACACACAGUUUAAUGUGUUCACACACACACACACACACACACACACGGAUGCAUUCCAUUUCAACCUCUCUGAUUGGUUCCUUUCUCCCCCAUGGUAUGGCAGACGUAGAGGGUCACCUCUGGGUUCUUGUGAUUAUAUAAUAAAGCAAUAUGGUUUCA